AUGUGGCUUAGGCUGCUCUUUGUCGUAAGAGUGGUGAACUUCUUUGGUGAUGAUGAUCUGAAAUACAGCAACACAAAGGCGCCAGAGUGGCCUAGUACAGUUUUUGCACGUAAAGAGCUGAUGGCGUUUUCAGUUAUGGGCGACCAGUUUGGGAUUCAACUGACAUCCCAGCACGGCUACUGGUCUAGAGGUGGAAACGUCACCUCAUUGGAGCAAGCACUGUGCCGUGUGCGGCCUGAGCCACUGAAUUCUAAUUAUAAUCCAUUCUCCCAACGAACAACCCAGAUAAUAUUUGAAUACCAGUCUGGCAGGAGAGUAGCACGACUGAGAGAACCAAGGGAUCUGUAUGGAGUUUCAUCAUCCAUCUGUCUUCAUCUGCCACGAUGGCCCUAUGAUUGUGAGGUGCUUAAGGAGAGAGUAAACCACAUUGAAUGGGACCCACCUACCCCAGAGCCAAUGUACAGACCUACAGGAUUAGAAAAGGGGCCAGUAUGUAGAGAAAUUGAUGAAGGCAAAGUGGUUUAUGCUGUUGAUGAAGGCAGCAAGGAAUCCUACUUCUUGUGUUCACGUGUUGGUGUGAAUCGCAUCCCGCUGAAAAAUGUUUCUCUGCAGACCAAUGAAAAUUCAAGCAACACUCUGAUUUUCGAGUCACGCUUUGAAAGUGGCAAUCUUCAAAAAGCAGUUCAGGUUGGCAACUAUGAGUACGAACUAACCUUGCGCACAGACCUCUACACACAACGCCAUACCCAGUGGUACUAUUUCCGUGUAAAGAACACACGGACUGGUGUUCCUUACCGCUUCACCAUCAUCAACUUCAUGAAACCUUCAAGCCUUUACAGCCAUGGCAUGCGGCCCCUGAUGUACUCUGAAAUGAAUGCUAAAACCAAUCAUAUUGGAUGGCACAGAAUUGGGAAAGAGAUCAAAUACUUUAAGAAUAACUUUGGCCAAAAUGGGCAACAAUAUUACUCUCUCUCUUGGACCUUUGAGUUCCCACACAAUGGUGACACUUGCUAUUUCGCUCAUUGUUACUCUUAUACAUAUUCCAAUCUGCAAGACUACUUGGCUGAAAUAGCUAAUGACCCAGAGCGUUCUAGUUAUUGUAAAAUCCGUGUCCUUUGCCAUUCAUUAGCUGGAAAUAUGGUGUAUGUUUUGACCAUCACUAACCCAUCACCAUCUAAAGAAGAGCAAAAAAAGAAGAAAGCUGUUAUUGUAACUGCUAGAGUUCACCCUGGCGAGACCAAUAGCUCAUGGAUGAUGAAGGGGUUCCUAGACUACAUUCUAAGCACCAGGAGUGAUGCCAGGCUGCUGCGUGACACCUUUAUCUUCAAAGUUGUACCCAUGCUAAACCCAGAUGGUGUUAUUGUAGGCAACUACCGCUGCUCUCUUUCUGGUCGGGACCUUAACCGCAAUUAUAAAUCCAGAUUAAAAGAUUCCUUUCCUUCUGUAUGGUUCACCCGCAACAUGGUAAAACGUGUAAUGGAAGAGCGUGAAAUACUGUUGUACUGUGAUCUGCACGGGCACAGCAGAAAGCAAAACGUCUUUAUGUAUGGCUGCAAAACCAAAGGUGCACAAGCCCACGACAGCCGAUUGUUUGAGCGUAUUUUCCCACUCAUGUUCAGCAAAAACUGUCCUGAAAAGUUUUCUUUCUCAGACUGCAAGUUCAAAGUUCAGAGGAGCAAGGAAGGCACAGGGCGUGUCGUGAUGUGGAAGAUGGGUAUCAGGAACAGUUACACCUUAGAGGCUACUUUUUGUGGCUCUACAAUGGGUAAGAGGCGGGGAACACAUUUUAGUACAAAGGAUUUGGAGACUCUGGGACACCAUUUCUGUGACACUUUGUUGGAUUAUUGUGACCCAGAUGAAAGCAAAUACUUUCUCUGCCUGAAAGAGCUUGGCGAAUUGCUGAAAGAGAAGACUAUCUGUAGGAAACAAAAACUGGAAUUUGAUUCUGAAACAAUUUUCCUUGAUGUUCUCUCAGAUUUAGAUUCAAGCACCAAUGGAUCUGACAGUACUGACUCCAAUGGGCCUCCUGCUCACCUCAUGCAGUUGGCUUCGCAGGUGAAGCCAAGGAAGAAACUCCUGAAAACAAAAAAGGAAAGGAACUAUAAAAGGCAACAAAAAGGUGAACUUAAAGCUUUAGCUGAAAAGCAGCCACCAUUUAUUACAGAGCAAGAAGCAAACUUAAGACAUAUGCACGUAAGGACUUCAGGAAACUUGCCUGAUCUACAGAAGAGGACAAAGAGUAGAAAACACAUUUCAAAACUGCAUAGGGAGCAGCUGUUACAAGAUUUGGAUACAAAAAAGGUCUCUGUGGUGUACCUUGCCUUCAAUGCCAAUGGAGAAGUUAUUACGACUAAGUCCCACUCGUAUCUCAGGAAAGAGAACAUGAUGGAGAUUACAAACAGCCUAAAUCGAUUCCACUGGAAUAAACCACUGCCUUUGUUUCAAAAUAUUCUGGCUCAAGGAUUCCCUUUCAGCAACAUACUGAAUGAAUGUCCUUAUAACACCCAUAUUUACAACAAGUACACCUCCCAAUCUAAUCUAUCUAUUGAAGGAAGUAAUCAAGAAUCUGGCGGGGAAAAUAAAGUGAACAAACCAGUGAACAGUUUGGUUUCUUCUUUGCAAAAAAAUCAAGCAGAAUAUCCCAGCUGUAUACGGAGUCUUGGUGGUAAAGAAAUACAUCCAGACAAGAAAUCUAUGUUUUUACCCUGUGAGCCUAUGGACCCCAAUCUCCUUCUGUCAUCAAAGAAAACAAGUGGUUCAACUCCAGCAUGCACAACCAAAGCUGCAACGUCUCAUAAAGCUAGUCUACCUGAUCACAGUAGCCUACACGUGCCAGGCUAA